AUGCUGCUGACUCUGCAAACUGUGCAGAGGUUAGGUCAACCAAUUGGAAAUGGAAAUGGGGAUGGAAACGGGAAUAAUAAUGGUGAAGGAAACGUCAAAGAGGCGAGGGAAUUUGAGCUUAUGCAGCUGAAGCAAGGCUCUUUGUCUGUGGCGGACUACAUUAGUCAAUUUGAGGAGCUCUGUAGGUUCUCGAGGGUGUGUCAGGGUGCCCCAGAGACCUAUGAGAGCUGGAAGUGUAUUAAGGUGGUUGAGGAGUGUGCAAAGAAGGUAGCUUCGUCAAGGGACACUCGUGGAGGAAACAAUAACCGUGGGCGAGGCAAAUAUUUUCAACUAAGGGCCCAAAUAUUCAAGAGAGGAGGAUAUGCACCUCAAGGUCAAGGAGGCUUCAAGAGGAACACUCAUGAUCAGUACCAGUAUGCUAAAGGGAGAGAGAAUCAAAGUAAGGUUUCUCUGGAAUUAACUUGUGAUCGUUGUAGAUGUUUUCAUCCAAAUGACUCUUACAAGAUUGGUAUAUGUGGUUGUUUCAACUGCGGAUUGCCUGGUUACAUUGCAAGAGAUUGCACUCGUGGGAGGAAGACUCAGAAUGCGGGCCAGAACCAACAAGGUCGGGUGUUUGCUGUGAACGCCCAGGAUGCUGCAAAGGCAGAUCCUCUGAUUAGAGGUAUAUGCUUAAUUGGUAAUAAAACAUUAAUUGCAUUAUAUGAUACUGGAGCUUCGCAUUCUUUUAUUGCAUUUGAUAAAGUCGAGGAACUAGGAUUGAAGGUGUCAGAAUUAGCGUUUGAUUUGCAUGUGCAUACCCCGUAUCAGACAGUGGCGACUAGGUUGGGUUGUAAGCAAAUGUCCAAGAAUCGAGUUUUGUUGGAUUGCUUUGAGCGAUCUAUUCAGUUUAUGCCGGAAGGAGAAGGAGGAGCAGUAGUAGCUGAGGGUUAUUACCUAAACUCUGUAAUGGUGAAUUGCAGUGGGGAAGAGUGUCAGGGUUAUAUAUUGUUGGCUGCUAAUGCUUUGGGUGACGCACAGAACUUAGAUCGGAUUUCAGUAGUUAGAGUCUUUCCAGAAGUAUUACUGGAAGAUAUUCCUGAAGUCCCACCUCAAAGGAAAAUUGAAUUUGUGAUUGACUUGGUGCCGGGAGCCAGACCAGUGUCGACUGCGCCGUAUCGAAUGGCUCUGAUAGAGCUGGCUAAACUAAAGACUCAGAUAAAUGACUUCAUGGAUCAAUUGCAAGGAGACGGAGUAUUCUUAAAGAUUGAUUUAAGAUUCAGUUACCAUCAGAUAAGGGUGAACGAAGAUGACAUUCUGAAAACUGCAUUUAGGACGUGCUAUGGACAUUACGAGUUUGCGGUUUUCAUAGACGACAUUUUAGUUUACUCAAAGAUGGAAGAAGAACAUGAAGAGCACUUAAGAAUUGUGUUGCAAAUCCUGAAGGAGCAAAAAUUGUAUGCUAAGUUGUCCAAUUCCGAAUUUUGGAAGGCGAAAGUGAAGUUCUUGGGUCACGUGGUGAGUAAAAUAGGAAUAGUCGUAGAUCCUUUGAAAGUUGAGGUGGUGAUGGAAUGGGAAAGACUGAUGACGGUGACGAAGGUUAGGAGUUUCUUGGGUUUGGCUGGAUAUUACUGGAGAUUCAUUGAGAAAUUUUUCCGGAUUGCACUACCAAUGACUAAGUUAACCCGGAAGGAGGUGCCAUUUGUGUGGACGUCAGAGUGUGAGGAGAGUUUCCAAACCAUGAAACAAAAGUUGACUUCAGCACCUAUUUUAGUUUUGCCAGAACCGCAUGAACCAUUUGAAGUGUACUGUGAUGCGUCACUGAAGGGUUUGGGUUGCAAUUCAUAA